CAAGGCGCCAGCAGCAGCUGCAGCUUCUCAACUAACAGUGCAGCAGCUGGGGUUUAUCCCGUCGUCCGUCUCCUGUCAGACCCAAAGGGAUGCCAGCUUCGGAGCCGGUCCGGUUGGGUCGGAAACGUGCCCUGCCCUCCUGCCCGAACCCGCUGUUCCUCAAGUGGCUCACCGAGCUCCGGGACGAGGCGAAAGAGAAGGGGCUGAAGAUCCAGUACACCUAUCAAAAGGCCAUCAGCUCUUUGAACAAGUAUCCACUACCGCUACAAAACGCCAAAGAGGCAAAGAUCCUCCAAAACUUUGGAGACGGGAUCUGUAAAAUACUGGAUGAAAAACUGCAACGACACCUCAGAGAGAAGGGUCCAGACGCUCCUAUUCACUCGCUCCCUAAAGGAGCGCCUCCUGCUGGCAGACCAGACAACAACAGCCUGGCUCCAUCCAGACAGAAGAAUGCUGCAGGGGAUCGAGGGAAGGACAAAGGAGGAGGAGGAGGAGGGAGGAAGAAGAAGAGGGAGUACAUGCCUCAGAAGAGGUCUGGGGGUUAUGCUGUACUGCUCACCCUUUACAGACAGUCACAGAUCCCGGGUAGUAAAGGUUACAUGUUUAAGCUGGAACUACAAGAUGAAGCUCAGCUUCUCUGUGACAAAUCUUUUAGUGUACCAGAUCUGGGCAGUAAGUACACGGCCUGGUCUUCAGUCAGCACUCUGAUCCAGAGGAACCUGGUGAUCAAGACGCACAAUCCUGCCAGGUAUUCUCUGACUGAAGAGGGUCUGUCUUUGGCUGAGCGGCUGGAGUCAGCAGAGCAAGGGACUAAAGACAAGCCAGUGGGGGACAGAGUGGAGGUCAGGAGCGAAGGAGAGGAGGUGGAGGAGGACGAGGAGGGCGGUCCUGGGGUUGUGGAUCUUACUGGCAGCGAUGAUGAAGAAGAAGAAGAGAAGGAGAAGGAGGAGGAGAGAAUCCAGCCGACCUGCGUCUCCCAGCCAGGGAGGGAGGUGGAUGUGGUGGGUUUGGAUUCACAGGCGACAAGCAGAAAGGCGAAUGGAGGAUGUCUUCUCCCUGGAAGCUAUGAAAUUAUACUGUGUGUUGACUUCAUCGAGACCACUGGCGGCAGCCAUCACCGUAAGCAGGAGCUGGUCAAAGAGCUCCAGAGAAACGGAGUGAACUUCGAUGUCAGGAAACUAAAUGUCGGAGACUUCCUGUGGGUGGCUCGGGAAAAGAUGGCACCUGUUCCAGGUCAGCUGCGAGCCCCCGCGGGCAGGGAGCUGGUCCUCGAUUACAUCAUCGAGAGGAAGAGGAUGGACGACCUGUGUGGCAGCAUCAUCGAUGGACGCUUCAGGGAACAGAAGUUUCGACUGAAGAGGUGUGGUCUUCGUCGGCCCGUCUACCUGGUAGAGGAGUGUGGGACGGCGGCCUCCCACCUGAGUUUACCUGAAGCCACGCUGCAGCAGGCCAUCGUCAACACACAGGUGGUUGACGGCUUCUUUGUGAAGAGGGUCCAGGAUGUGAGGGAAUCUGCCGCCUACCUCACUGUCAUGACUCGAUACCUGACUAAACUGUACCAGAACCGUACGCUGAUCUGUCGCUCCAGACAGCUGGAGGGUGAUGAAGGGAGUGAUGAAGAGGAGAGAGGGAUCCCCUCCUGCGCUCUCAUUUCUUUUGCAGAGUUCAACUAUGGUGCAGUCAAAAACAAGUGUCAGACAGUGAGAGAAGUGUUCGCCCGACAGCUGAUGCAGAUCAGCGGUUUGUCUGGAGACAAGGCAGCAGCCAUACUGGAGCAAUACAGCACUCCACACAGUCUUCUGGCCGCCUACGAACAGUGUGCAAGCGAAGCAGAGAAAGAGAAACUCCUCUCUUCCAUCCGAUACGGGAAGCUGAAAAGAAACCUGGGCCCAGCUCUGAGCAGAACAGUUUAUCAGCUGUACUGUACACAAGGAGCGCUGUCAUAAACACAGUCACGUGAAUACUUUGUUUCACUCAUUCACAUAUUUUCUGUCUCAAAGAUGGAUGUAAACUCAAGCUCACUCACCCUGUAAUGUGAUGUAAUGUCAUUAAUUUUCAGUUCCUCAUUUACUUGAACAGAAUAACUCCGAGGAUGGUUUUCUAUGUGUUUAUGUAAAUGUAAAGAUGCUGCUAUAUUUACUUACUUUAAAAUAUUCCUAAUGAAAACUUGUAUGAAGAAUUUCACA